AUUAGACUCUGCUUGUUAUUAUUGACCCUGGUCUCCAUUUUCUUGAUAUCUAUUUUUCUGUUAAAAUCUCUCACUAUGCAGCCGCGAGAUAUGCCAGGUGCAUCUCACGAGACUUCGCCGCUGUUGCAAGACCGGGAGAAUGGUCACGAUGGGAGGAAGCUGGUUGAACUUUCGAAGGAGGAUGAUUCUCAUCCGAGGACUUGGGGGAAGGGGAAGAAGCUGGCCAAUAUUGCGGUCAUUGGGAGCAUGAGCAUUCUCAGUCCGUUAGCUUCGAGCAUGUUUACGCCGGGUAUCAAGAAGAUUGCCGAUUCGUUGGAUGCUACGGAAACGGGUGUGAUUGCGUGCCAAACGGGGUUUGUUAUUAUGCUGGGCAUCGGUCCGUUGAUCCUGGCGCCUCUUUCGGAGACGUUUGGGAGGAAGGUUCUUUAUCUGUCGUGCUUUACGGUUUUUACGCUGUUGCAAAUUCCUACGGCGUUGGCGAAGACAUUGCCGGUUCUUGUCACUUUAAGGACUAUUGCUGGGUUCUUUGGGAGUGUUGGGAUUGCAAAUGGUGGAGGGACUAUAAGUGAUAUGUACGAUCCGGGUGAAAGAGCUAACAUAUUUGGAUGGUAUCUCCUUGGUCCUCUCCUCGGUCCUUCGCUGGGCCCUCUUCUAGGAAGUGUCAUACUUCAAAACAUGGAUUGGCCUUGGCUGUUCUGGAUCGUACUCAUAAUAUGCAGCGUUUCAGUCAUUGGAGGAUUUCUCUUCCUAAGAGAAACGUAUGUCCCAGUCUUGCUCUCAGAACGCAAGAAACACCUCGAAAGAUCAGAGGGCGGAAGCUAUUAUUUCGAAGGCGAAGAUGAUCGUUCUCUUAGCGAAAAGCUAGUUCAAGCCGUUCAAAGACCAAUCCGGAUCCUGUUCACGCAGCCAAUCGUGUUGACUAUGGCCAGCUACCAAGCUCUUCUGUUUGCUAUUACGUAUAGUCUUUACACGCAGUUCGAAUCGAUCUAUGGCGAGGGCUACGGCUUCGAUACCUUACAGGUUGGAUUCGUGUACCUUGCGCCGGGCAUGGGUUUCCUUGUGGCAGUCUGGUUCUUGGUUCCUCGCAUUGGGGCCGUCUACAAUUCGCUCACCAAGAAGCAUAAUGGGAAAAGCAAACCAGAGUACAGGUUACCCAUUGCCAACAUCGGCGCAGUACUGAUCCCCAUCUCGCUGUUCUGGUUUGCAUGGACAGUAGAAUACCAUGUUCACUGGGCCGUGACCAUCCUACCGACGUUCUUCUAUGGCAUCGGACAGGUGGCGAUCUUCAACUCGGUGCAGAAUUACUACAUAGACAGUUUCGAGAAGUAUGCUGCUAGUGCUAUUGCAGCGGGAGCUCUGUUCCGAAGCGUGAUUGGGGGUAUUGUUCCUUUGUUUACGGGUGCGCUGAUUGAGAAGCUGGGUGUUGGGUGGGGGAUGAGUGUUUUUGGGUUUGUUAGUGUCUUACUUGCGCCGAGUCCGUUGCUGUUUUGGUAUUAUGGAGAGUGGUUGAGGGAGAGGUUUGCUAUUAGUUUGUGA